UCACGGCGCCGGCCAUACGCUGAACGCACCACAGUCGGUAGUUGACAGUUGGGCGCUUAAUGUGCAGCGCGCGCGCCUCAUCCGGGAAUUCCAACAUUCCCCAAAAACAUUAGCCAACAUGGAUUUUAAAAAGUGCAUUAAAAACAAAACAAGUGUGAUUAUGAAACGCGAAAAUAUGUGUUAGUUCAGUGUUCAUCACUCGCUACGGUCCAAAGAACAAUGCUGUGGGAAAAAAUAACGUUCAGCUGGCAUCGGCAGUCGUUCCCAGCUACCUACCUAGCCCCUCUCGCCCCGCGGUUCGGGUGCCGGGUUCAAUGCGCCUCUCUGCGUUUAUUCAUCGUUUGUGGGAAAAGUUGACCCCCAUUUUAAAAAUUAUUGUUAACGAAUUCACACGAAUCGCGGUGUAACUACUACCGCAUCUUAGAAGAUCGCGUCAUUGCCCGCCGUGUUGUGUUUAUGUUUGACAAAUGUUGCAAAAACAAUCGCGUGGACAACUCUCUAACUUAAAUUCAUUAUUUUAUUUUGUAAUAUUACGUAUAAAUUUAAGUCCUUACCUAACGAGGCACCAGCGGUAGUUGGCCUUUAAGUAGUUUUUCAUGCGCCAUCUGCCAAGGUUGCUUCAUUCGGCAGAUCAAAACUAUUUGUAUUGGGCUUUGUCAUGUUUGCCGAGUUUCAACACCGUCGAAAUUAUUAUCUUGUACGGAUAGUGUUUUUAUCAAAAGAGGACAAUAUCUACCUGUUUUAAACAACGUGUUUCAUACCAGUGAGUGAGCUUCUCGGAUGGUUAAAUUAAAUGUGAAGAUGUGAUUGCCUAAUUAUUAUUUUAAAUCCACGGCAAGUGAUUAUGAAGUGUGAAUUGUGAAGUUUUGGUGAAACUUGUGUUGGAAUUCAGCAAUAAUGGGGAACCAAGGAUCGUCACCGCACGAGCCUUUAGACCGCGCACAAGCGGCGCAGAAUGUCGACUUGAAAAUGAAAUCGUCAGUGCGUAGCUCGUUGAGGCGAGCGCGCGCGGGCGCAGCGCUGUCGCCGCCGCGCGCGGGCAUGGAGAGGUUGCGCCGUUCGUUCCGCGAGUCGUUCCGGCGGCGCAAGGGCUCGCCGCCCGAGUCCGCACGCCCGCACCAAUGGCACGCCGACGAGGCGGCCGUGCGCGCCGGCACAUGCACCUUCCCGGUCAAGUACCUCGGCUGCGUCGAGGUGUUCGAAUCCCGGGGCAUGCAGGUCUGCGAGGAAGCCCUCAAAGUGCUUAGGAAUUCCCGCCGGCGUCCAGUCCGCGCCGUUCUUCAUGUAAGCGGUGACGGCCUGAGGGUAGUCGAAGAAGAAACGAAAGGGCUCAUAGUGGACCAGACUAUCGAGAAAGUGUCGUUCUGCGCGCCCGACAGGAAUCACGAAAGGGGAUUUAGCUACAUCUGCCGCGACGGCACGACGCGGCGCUGGAUGUGCCACGGGUUCCUGGCGUCGCGCGACAGCGGCGAGCGGCUGUCGCACGCGGUGGGGUGCGCGUUCGCGGCCUGCCUCGAGCGCAAGCAGCGCCGCGACAAGGAGUGCGCCGUCUCCAUGAGCAUCGACGCCGCCAGCCACGCCUUCACGCGCCAGGGCUCCUUCCGCAAGUCAGGUAUGACGGCGCGCCGCGCGUCGGAGGCGGACGCGCCGAGUGUGCCCACGCCGCCCGCGCAAGGCAACGUCAACAGCGCCGUGACGCCCGUCGCCGCCAACACCGCCAACACCGCCAACACCGCCCACCUCGCCAACGCCAACACCAACAACACUGCCAACACCACACGCGCCGCGCCACACAACCCGUUCGCGGUGGAGCGGCCACAUGCCGCGCCGCAUCUGCUCGAACGACAGGGCUCUUUUCGCGGAUUCGCGCAUCUUAAUAACAGUUCUCCAUUCAAGCGUCAAAUGUCGUUACGAAUCAGCGAGCUACCGUCUAACUUGGAGCGACAGCGCGCGGGUCUGGGCUCCCCUCCGCGUUCGUUCCCGCCUGCGCCUGCGCCGGCGCCCAAUAUCACCACGGUGCUGGCGAUGGCGCCCGCUCCAGCUCCCACUCCCGCAUCAGUCGCCGCGCCGGUCGCCGCUAUCGCUCCGCUCGCUCUCACUACUGCUACUUCACAGCCAGACAAUGCGUCCGAGAUGGGUGGCGCGGCGGUGUCGGCGGUGUCGGCGGUGUCGGCGGUGUCGGACCCGGUGGCGGCGCUGUGCCGCCAGCUGCAGCUCGGGCUGCGCGCGCUGGCGGAGGAGCCGGUGCCGGCGGGCGGCGCGCUGCCGCACCCCGACGCGUGGCUCGGGCGCGUGGCGCGCGCGCCGGCGCUGGGCGCGGCGGGGCGCGCCGCGUCGUACGCGGGCCACUCCGCGCCGCGCACCACCAACCCCUUCUUGGCGCCGCUGUCGGACGCCACUCCGGCUCCGCUCUAAACGGAUCUACACCUACUUGAUUACCUCUCGAUGCGUUCCCGACUUGACGACCGGCCCGGAUCCUCGAACGAAACGCAUAAAUUUCGUGCGUAAGUACGCCUUCGAUGAAAACGCAUCAAGACUCAAGUCAAAUUUAUAACACUACGACACGGAAUAUGGGAACCGGAAAUUGCCCUCUUAUAUUAUAUUUUAGGAAUAACUUUCGAAACGCACUAUUUUACUUGCAGUGGAUGGCCGCUGUAUUUUUUUCACCACUCAUAGCAGAUAGUGAAAACUAUACUAGAAUCCACGUAGUUUCCGUGUCUCUGUCCGCAAGCUUUAUUAGCGCGAUACGUCGCCGUUACCCCUAUACUGUGUUCUCAUGUUCCUAUACUUAAUAUUACUUUGUUGCGACGUCGAUGCGCAGUUUCGUUUUCGCGUCGUAUCAUCUACUUAACUUUUGCUACGUUAAUGAUGAGUGAAGUUUUGAAACUGCUAAGCUGGGUUAAUAACUGAGUUAGGGAAAUAAUAUUAGAUGUUACAAUCUCUGUUAUUAUAAAAUAUGUAAUGAAUUUAGUGGUAAAGCAAUGUGCUUAAAAAAUCUAGAUAAAUUGUGUGUCGAGUUACUUGAUGAAUGAUGAAGGGUAUUUUCGUGCAUCUCUAUUAUUUGCAGAUUAACAUAAAUAAUAUUAUGUUUAAUAGAGUAUAGCGAAUAUGUGAGUGUAACACGCUUAAGAUGUCACGCAAGAUUAUGUUGUUUCGAAUGCGUUGCUUAUUAUGACCAUGUUGUGGUGACUGUCGUGUUUAACUCGACAGUUCACUCCCAAUUCUCAAUUAUCGACGUCAAAUUUUAUUGAUUUCAUUAAUGACGUAAAAAAGGAAUUUAAUUGGUUUAUAAAGGGAUUCAGACCAACAGUUAAAUUUAUGUAUAUCAUGUGUAUACUCGCCACUGUUGGGACGUUAUUUCUUAUCUAUUUUGACUCACUCAAAUAAAAUAGACUAUAUGGACGAGGAAAUUAUUUUUGUAAUUUAUUGUACCGGUGCCAGAUACGAGUGAUGCCGCUUCAAGAGAACUAUUUAUUUAGAAAUUAUACAUGUUUGUUAAACUUGUAGUGUAAUUAAUAGUAUGUACUUAACACGCACCGUGCUUUUGCGCUGCACAUUUUUACUACACGAUUUCGACUUAUUGUAUAAUAUACGUAACUAAUUAAUUCAUGGUGAAAGUGAUUCGUCCAUGCAGUAUUAGUUGGGCCGAGUGCAUUGUUUACUCGCAGCGCGUUACAGAACAAAUGAACAAUGCAGUAUUUUCGUAUUUUUAUGUAAUUAUAAGAUUUUGGACAUAUUCUUUCCUUUUUGUAUAUGAUUGUAAAUUUGUAGGAUACUUAUUAUCUCUUUAUAUUUCGUUGAUCUGUUUUUUUUUAUACUUUUUUAAAAUGAUAGGUGUUCGGGUCGGUUAUUGCUAAUAUCAUAAUAUCAAAUAUGUCUUAAUCGGUACCUUUGCUUAGUUAUUUUAGUGUCGUGUUCGUUUUAAUAAAAUUAUAGGCAUAACUCGCUUUUUAUAAAUCGUUCAAAUACGACUUCUUUUAUACUUGAAACUUUUGUAAAUGUUUUUACGGUUUUCAUAUUCUUUACAGUGGGACACUACCUAAAAUUAUAAAAUUUAAAUGAUAUGCAGUGUCUGUUAUUUCGAAUUAUUUAUAAUGUACAAACUAAAUAUCUUUAAUUUUUAAUAUACGUAUCAUUCAUGGAAUCAUUUCUUGACAUUCCAGGUUGUACUUUUAAAUUUACUUGCAAUAACUUAAGUUCAAAUAACACGUCUUGCUAGCUUUGCAUUAUAUGCACGUGUACUUAAGAAAUAUAUACACUUAUAAAAUAGUACUUAAAUUAUCUUGUGUAUAAUGUGAACAAAUAUACAAUUGUAUUACGUACUUAGCCACACCAUUGAUUAAAAUUAAAUGUAUCCAAAUAGUCAGUCAUUAUUGCCGCUGACAUUAGCAACUGUACCUACUCGUAAAUAGAAUUGAUUUUCAUGUGGGAUGUUAAUAAAACUGACAUGCCGAGAUCUAAAUUAUGAAAGUCGCAUUAUAUCAUCCGGAAUACCUCAAAAGGUAAAGAUUGAAUCCGUCUUAAACAACAAAUAUUUUUUUAUUUUAAUCUUGUAAGGGAAUAUUGAUGUAUCUAAGCGAUCGUAAUGACUGCAUUUGUAUAUAUAAUAUGUAUAAUAAUAUAUAAUUAAUGUGAUAUUGUGAAUUCAUAGAAUGUCUUAUUAUAAUAUGCACAUAAGAAUUUAAAAUAAUCGCACCAAAUUGUUAAUCGCUGUUACUUAUAUACAAAGUACAUAAACUAUUAGACGUACGAGACCGAAUGUCAUUUUGAAGUAAUAUAUUCUCGUGUGCUUAUUGUGAUCCUAUAUUACUGGACUGUACUUAAAUAUAAAUACGAUGUUGUUUCGAAAUUAUUUGUUGGGUGUUAUUUGUAUAUUAAACAGUGAUUUAUCUUCGUCGAGGUCAUGUAAAUAUCAACGCGUAUUAUGUAGAUAUUUUAGAUAAAAAGAGUUCAAAUAUUAUGAAACAUAAUAAAUUGUUUAGUUGAAAA